AUGUGGUAUAUAGAAAUCUUAGACGCAGUCCCUGCAGAUGAAUGUGUUACUGCUGAAGCUGGUGACUUUGUUUCUGUCCACUACAGAGGUCAAAUUCUUGAUGGUAUGCCAUUUGACAACUCUUAUGACAGAGGCCAACCUAUCGCAUUUAAGUUAGGUUCUGGUCAAGUUAUCGAAGGGUGGGACCAAGGUAUCUUGGGUAUGUGUAUCGGAGAAAAGCGUAAGUUGACUAUUCCACAUGAAUUGGGCUAUGGUGAACAAGGUAUUGGUCCAAUUCCUCCAAAGGCAACCUUGAUUUUCUAUACCGAAUUAGUUGACAUUGGUGGUAAAACCAAGGAGAAGAAAAUUGUUAGAGACGAAUUAUGA